AUGCUUCGAGCUCUGCUUACGCUCUCUUUCCCUUCCCAAUCCAGCGAGUUGUUAGGUAUGUUAUCUAAUCUUGUUCUAGUAAGCUAACCAUACAGUAUCAGUAGAGUAAAGCUGCAGAACCAAACCCCGCCUAGCAAUUAUCGUGCACGAAGAUAGGAGAGGCCAAUUGGGUCUGAUACUACAAACACGACUACGGUAGUAGGAAGUACCCAUAAGAAAUACACUGAUACUCCCCGCCGAACGCAUGAAGGGACCUCGACGAGUACUUCAUCCAGCCCCGGCACCCAGCUCUCAUCUGUAGCCUCAUGAAACCGUGCUCGGAGCGACGGUCACACCCCCAGUAACCGUCUUUGAUCGGUGGGCUAAAGUAGAUGAGGGUGUCCAGCGUGUGUAUAUGUGCGUGUCCCCAAAACGGGCCUUGGGGUAGAUGCGCUGGACCAUCGCAGCGGCUAUAACGGAUUCUGGCAGGCGUUAUCGGAAUGCGCACCAUAAAAAAUGACAACGAUCGAGAUACGGUGGGAGACGCAGUUGACAUUGCGAACAUUGGGACCCCUACCACCCCCCAUUGUUGAUGUUGGUUGGAAGUCCUGGUCAAGUGUCUGUUGUGAACCAGAUGAUGUGAAAUGGUCCGUCCAGGUGCGGGCCCGGUCGCGCCAUCCACCUGCGUCCUAACCCACCUCCGGUCUUCUUGACUAUGUCCUGACAUCGGGUCCAGGUGGGGGAGGAGGAGAUAGUGCGGUAGAUGCUGCGCAAGCCUACAUUCACUAUAAACUAAUUCACGCAUAAGUCACCGUCCCUGUUCCAUCUUGAUGUGGAGCACACGGUGGACAUCGUUGGCAACGACGGUCGAACUGUCGUGUGUGUGUGUGUGUGGACUGGACUGCUCGCAAAGCUGAGGAGAUCCAAGGCUACGCGGACCGGAACGAAUGGAAGAACUUCUUCUCCGCAAUCAAAGCUGUCUACGGUCCGCCGACGAAGGGCACUGCUCCUCUCCUCAGCGCCGACGGCAGCACUCUCCUGACUGAGAAGACGCAAAUCCUACAGCGAUGGGCCGAGCACUUCCGAGGCGUCCUCAACCGCCCCUCCGUCAUCUCCGACGCCGCCAUCGCCCGCUUGCCGCAAGUGGCGACCAACGUGGACCUCGACCUCCCGCCAUCUCUCCAGGAAACGAUAAGGGCCGUGCAGCAGCUCGCCAGCGGGAAAGCACCCGGAUCGGACGCAAUCCCUGCUGAGGUCUACAAGCACGGAUGUCCCCUACUGAUGGAUCACCUGACUGCGCUCUUCCAGGAGAUGUGGCGUCAAGGUGAAGUCCCGCAAGAUUUCAAGGACGCAACUAUCAUGCACCUAUACAAGCGAAAAGGGAAUCGCCAAGUCUGCGACAACCACCGCGGCAUCUCCCUACUGAACAUCGCCGGGAAGAUCUUCGCUCGCAUACUGCUCAACCGCCUCAACAACCAUCUGGAACAGGGCCUUCUGCCGGAAAGCCAAUGCGGCUUCCGUCGUCAUCGUGGGACCACGGAUAUGAUCUUCGCCGCCCGCCAACUUCAGGAGAAGUGCCAGGAGAUGCGGACCCACCUGUACUCUACCUUCGUGGACCUGACGAAAGCCUUCGACACGGUGAAUCGUGAAGGAUUGUGGAAGAUCAUGCAGAAAUUCGGCUGUCCGGAGCGAUUCACUCAGAUGGUGCGUCAGCUGCACGACGGUAUGAUGGCGCGAGUCACGGACAACGGAGCUGUCUCAGAGGCAUUCGCGGUGACCAACGGAGUGAAGCAGGGCUGUGUGCUGGCGCCUACCCUCUUCAGUCUUAUGUUCUCUGCCAUGCUGAUGGACGCCUACCGCGACGAACGCCCUGGAAUCCGCAUCGCCUAUAGAACGGACGGUCAUCUCCUGAAUCACCGGCGCAUGAACUUCCAAUCGCGUGUAUCCACAGCCACCGUGCACGAACUCCUCUUCGCCGACGACUGUGCCCUGAACACCACCUUGGAAGAGGAGAUGCAGCGGAGCAUGGACCUAUUCUCCGCCGCCUGCGAGAACUUUGGGCUGGUUAUCAACACGCAGAAGACGGUGGUGAUGCACCAACCUCCGCCCAACUCAGCCACAGCCCCCAACGCGCCGCCGAAAAUGAGCGUGAAGGGAACCCAACUGCAAGUGGUAGAGAACUUCCCGUAUCCGGGCAGUACCCUCUCCCGCAACACCAAGAUUGAUGAAGAAGUCGCCAACAGGAUUUCGAAAGCCAGUCAAGCCUUCGGACGCCUCCAAAGCACAGUUUGGAAUCGCCACGGUCUCCAACUGAGCACAAAGCUGAAGAUGUACAAGGCCGUCAUACUGCCGACGUUACUGUACGGAGCAGAGACAUGGACGGUGUACACGAGACAGGCACGCCGACUGAACCACUUCCACCUCAGUUGUCUCCGUCGCAUCCUGAGGCUGAACUGGCAGGAUCGAAUCCCCGACACGGAAGUACUGGAACGAACGGGAAUCCUCAGCAUCUACGCCAUACUGAAACAAAUGCAGCUGCGCUGGAGCGGCCACCUGGUGCGCAUGGACGACGAGCGACUACCCAAACGACUCUUCUACGGAGACGUCGCGACGGGUUCUCGUCGUCAAGGAGGCCAAAUUCGCCGUUACAAGGAUACCCUGAAGUCCUCCCUGAAGCGCCUGCAAAUCAACCCGACCAACUGGGAAGAUCUCACCCGUGAUCGUCCGACAUGGAGGAGAACAGUGAAGACAGGCGCUGCUAUCUAUGAAGCCAACCGAGCCGCCGCCGCCAAAGCGAAACGCGAAGCCCGCAAAUCACAACUUCGCCCAGUCCGCAACGCCGCCGCACAACCUCUUCCUACGUGUCCUCGGUGUCAACGGACAUUCCGGGCACGAAUCGGACUUGUUGGACAUCUUCGGAUCAGCUGCACCUCUCGAACUGCUCCAGCCAUCGUCCCCCCGCCCGCCUCUUCCUCGUCCUCUCUGCCGCCAACUGACUCUGAUAACUCUUCUGUAUCAUCUUCAUCCUCCUCCUCCUCCUCCUCCUCGUCUACUGCCUCAUCGACGCCCGCUCAGGCGACUGUCGCGCAAGACAUAACCGCACGCAUCCCUGACACAACACCAGGCAUCAUCCCUUCAGCAUCCGGCUCCAGACGUGAGGACCAGGAAUACACCUGCCCUCACUGCGACCGCACCUUCACCUCACGCAUCGGCCUGGUCGGUCACUUGCGAAUCCAUCGCACAGGGACUGGCGAACCAGUGCCUGGAGCACCAACCUACACCCUCCGCACUCGCCUCCACUGCCCGCACUGCCCUCGCACCUUCACUCAUCGCAUGGGUCUAUUCGGCCACAUGCGCAUCCAUGAGGGCGGCAUUGAGCGCAGCCUGGACACACCCACAACGCUAGCCCCCACUCCCGGUUCAUCACCUUGUGCACCCACCAACCUCUCUGCAACCGCCAUCGAUGCCACCGACUUUUCCACCCCUCACUCCUCCCCUUCCUACUCCUCUUCCUCCUUCACUGCCACAACGUCGGCCGCCUCGGCGUCUGUCGCCCACGACUUCACCACAACCGCACCCGACACAACAACAGGCACAAGCCCUGCCACCUGCAUCAUCAGACGUGAGGGCCAGGACUACAUCUGCCCUCACUGCGAUCGCACCUUCACCUCACGCAUCGGCCUGGUCGGUCACUUGCGAAUCCAUCGCACAGAGACUGGCGAACCAGUGCCUGGCGCACCAACCUACACCCACCGCACCUGCCUCCACUGCCCACACUGCCCUCGCACCUUCACGCACCGCAUGGGUCUAUUCGGCCACAUGCGCAUCCACGAGAGCGGAAUUGACCACAAUUCCAAAACAGCCACGACAUCCAACACACCCACCACGCCCAGACCCAUCCUCGCUCCACCGUCACACGCGCCGACCACCACCAACACCACUGCUUCCUCUACAGCUGACACCGACACCGCCGACCUCUCAUGCCCACAUUGUCCACGCACCUUCACCUCACGCAUCGGCCUGGUCGGUCACUUGCGGAUCCAUCGCACAGAGACUGGCGAACCAGUGCCUGGAGCUCCAACCUAUACCCACCGCACUCGCCUCUACUGCCUACACUGCCCUCGCACCUCCACGCAUCGCAUGGGUCUAUUCGGCCACAUGCGCAUCCACGACGACCUGCGGUAG